CGCUAGUGCAGGGCAAAAAAUUGCUUACAGCACCAAUCACAGGCCAUAAGAACAAAAACAAGUGCACACAACUCGUACAAAAACAAUAAAAGAAAGGAUCAAAAUAGAAAAGUCGAAGAAAGAGCGGAAGUGGUAACACUAAAACAACGUAAAUCAGUAGGUAGUACACAGCAUAGCGGCUUGAAGUGGCGCUGUCAUACACAACGACGUUCCUAGAAGCACUGCUAUUAAGACGCUUCGACCUACCAGCAGCAGCUUCGCGGUGUCAUUGAGCUUUGGCCAACACAACUAGGGUGUGCUGAUUGCAUUGUACAUGCACUAGCACUGCAACACAGGCAAAAGUAGAACGAGUACAAGGAGGAAGGAUAGAAGUACGCACGUUCACAAGGAAAUGUGGUGGCAAUAAAGAAUAUACAAAAGCAAAAACGAAAAAAAUAGAUUUUGUACGCAACAGGAAGAGAACUGCUUUCACGCGUGUGUAAACAGACAAAUAUUAUAUAUAAUUUUAGACAACAAGUUGAGGCAAUAGCAAGCAUUUGGAGGCGGGAAUAGAAGCAAACAUAAUAAAUAGAGACCAAAAUUUAUAUUUGCAGUUUUUUGUAGUUCGAGACAAGAAUAAAAAAAACUUUGUGGCGAAAAAAAAUUAGCUCCACUAAAAAUAUAAAACAAAUAUGCAAACAAUUUUAUUAACGCCUAUAACGGAAAUCAACAACAACGACGUCAAAUAAAAUAAUAUUAUACAACAACAAUCAUAAUAAAAUACAAAAACAACACGAGUAAGAAUUAAAGGCAGUAAUCACAUCAGUAAACAAUCAGCCGUCUGCUGUAGUAGUCUCACAGACAAGAGAUAUAAAUAAAUAAAACGUCGAAGAUAGCAGCGCAGCGCAGCGCGCGUACUGCAACAAUUACAAUAAUAACAACAGUUAUCACAAUAAUAAACAGCAACAAUACAAAUCGUCAGUCGAACGUCAGCAACAAAUCAACUCACACAAGUCAACAGAAGCGGAGUGUGAGUACGCAUACAAACAAACAUACAUACUUGAGUACAAUAAAAAAAAAAAACACAAUCAGAACAUAUAAUAAUACAAAGCUAAAAAGAAAAACGAAAAAUAAAAACAACAAUAGUUCAACAAGCAGCUUCGUCAAGAACUAAGAAGAGAAAGGCAACAGCAACAGCAAUAACAACUACAACCAUAGUCGCCCCAAAUUGUACGCGACUACAAACAAACAGACGGAAAGACCGAACGUCCGAAAGGCGGAAAGCUAAGAAACGCAAUCGCAUAAGCGCUGUAAGCAGCAAGCGAGAACACAAACAGAUAGCCAACCAAGCAGCUGGCUGGCUAUAUACGGCAGGCGGGAGUUAAGCACUCGGGCAAAAGUCAACGCAGUCGACCAUUUAGCCACCAAGCUUGGCCCUGUGUGGUGCACGCGCAGCCGGCAGACAACUGUGUUCUGGAUCUGGACAUAUCCGCUUCCGCAUUGUGUUUGGCUUCGCAUUUAUGUUCUGUUCUUUUACGCUUCGUUACACACAUGUGUACGUUGUUACGUAGUGGUUCGUUUACGUCUUUUGGCAUUUUGGUUUUGGCAAAGAAGACGGUCGCCAACAAGUCAGCGUAGACUACAUAUGGUACACACAUACAAAUAUAUAACGUUUUGUUGUUAGCGGAAGAUAUAGACAACUUGAUAUUUAUUGGUUUCUCAGGAGCGGGCUGCAUUUAAGCAUAAGAAACGUUGUAGCUGUUAAACUUUACAUGCAACAUAUUCUACUUUAAGAUCAGUUCGUGUACAUUGGUUCGGUCGUUCGUUCGUUCGUUCGUUGUGGUUUACACGACAGCUAGCCAGCUAGCAGCUAGCGCAACUUGAUUAGCAGCGAGCAGUGAGCAGCUUAUUGGGCGACCCAGCGACCCAGUGUCGCAGCAGUCGUAUUUCCGUGUGGCGUUGGUCAACACAAACAAUUAAAAUCGUGCACGCGUCUCUGGUUCAAAAUGAAAAUGCUUCCCGUACAGCUGUCGUUGAAUCCGCAGCUCGGUCUGUGGGGUGAUAUGUUAUGGCGUUGUCCGCCGGCGCCUUCCAGCCAAUUGGCUGAAUUGAAGACACAGUUGCCGCCAUCGUUGCCAUCCGAUCCACGUUUGUGGGGUCGCGAAGAUGUCACCGUCUUUUUACGCUUCUGCGAACGUGAAUUCGAUCUGCCCAAAGUGGAUCAUGAUCUCUUCCAAAUGAACGGCAAAGCGCUUUGCCUGCUAACACGCGCCGAUUUCGGCCAUCGCUGUCCGGGCGCUGGUGAUGUAUUGCACAAUGUGCUGCAAAUGCUCAUCAUCGAAUCCCACAUGAUGCAAUGGCAUUUACCCAACAGCCCGGUCACACCGACCAGUCGUUAUCCAUUGUCGCCGCAUAGCCAUCCACAGACGCCCACAUGGCCACCAAUUGGCGCACCGCCGGACAGUCCAUUUCAYAAUGCGCAUAUGCAUCAUUUUAUGACGCCCAAUUCGGUAACGCUUAGUCCGCCRCCGUCGGUGGACUCACAAGCCAGCAGCCCGCCACAAAGCCAGGAACAAAAUUUGGCAGUUGCGGCCGCCGCAGCAGCGGCCGCUGCUGCUUCAGUAAGCGGUGCUAGCACGAACAGCAGCAGUAGUAGUAGCACCAGUAGCGGUAGCAGUAAUAGCGGUUUGGGCGUGACCAGCAGCAGCGCCAACAGUAAUCUGUUGCCACCAGCCAUCUCGGUAACAAUGAGCAGCGGUAACGGUUACCCAUCACAUCUUGCGACCGCCAGCACAGGCGCCAGCAGCAAUCAAUCCGAUUCGGAUGAGGAAGGCAGUUACUCCGAUCUGGCAGCGGCAAAUAGUUUGUCCAAGAGCAGCGCUGCGGCAGCAGUUGUGGCMGCACAUUACAGCGCCAGUCCGCCAACAACGCCCAUAUUAAAGGACAUGCCACAGAGCUUAUCGCAACAGAUUACAAACAGUUUUGUCAAUUCGUGGUCACAGAACCAGGCCGCACAGGCCAUGAGCCAGAAGUAUCAGCCGAAUGGCAGUAGCGGCGGUUCAGUUUCGGCGCCGACGACGCCAAGCUAUAUGCAGCCCGUGAAACGCGAAUUCUUUCCGGAAACCACAGAACCCAAUACAAAUGGUCGUUUGCUGUGGGAUUUCUUGCAACAAUUGCUCAACGAUCGCAAUCAGAAGUACAGUGAUUUGAUCGCGUGGAAGUGUCGCGACACAGGCGUCUUCAAGAUCGUCGAUCCCGCCGGUUUGGCCAAACUAUGGGGCAUACAAAAGAAUCAUCUCUCCAUGAACUAUGAUAAAAUGUCACGCGCACUACGCUACUAUUAUCGCGUUAAUAUAUUGCGCAAGGUCCAGGGCGAACGCCACUGCUACCAGUUUCUGCGCAAUCCAACCGAGCUUAAGAACAUCAAAAACAUUUCACUGCUCCGACAAUCCGUUGCCGGCAAUGGCGGUACAACAACCGCAGCUGGUGGUGCUAAUAAUACCAACAGCGCAAGUAACAGCAGUACCAACAACAACAUUAAUAGCAACAAUAAUAAUAGCAAUACAAAUAACGGUAACAACAGCAAUCAGUCACCCAGUACAAAUUUGAACAGUACAAAUUGGACUUUGCCGCAUCCACAAUCGCCGCAGCGUCACCAAUCCGCGCACGGAUCUAACGGUAAUGGCAAUGGCAACACCAGCAACAGCCUGAGUCACAGCCACAAUCACAGCAACGGUCUCAGCAGCCCGCACAUGAGUCUACCUGCGAUUUCACAAUCCGCCGCAGCCGCUGCUGUAGCCGCUGCAGCUGCGGCCGCCUAUGGUCCACCACCCACAUCGCCGCUCUUCAUGCACGCCAUCAACGGUGCCUUCCAAUACCUAUCGAACCCAACGGGCGCACCGCCCAACUCGCCAGCAAUGCCACACACCCCAAGCGAAAAAUUCCAAUUCGGCGCCUUAAAAGUGGAACACAACAGUGGAUCGCGUUCGCCCGAUCACGGUGAUGAAAUGAAACCCACAGAUCUGAGCGUCUCAGGCAAUAGCACCGAAAAGCGGCCUUACUCAAGCCCCUCGGCGGAGGAUUGCUAUCCACUCAUACGCAACGCUGACGGUCUGACCACAAUCAAAUUGAUACGCUACAAUAAUGAGAGCCACGAAUCAAGCGCCCCCAAGCAAACCGCGCACGAACAACAACAACACCACCAGCAACAGCAGCAGGCGCAUACCGAACAGCAACAACAAGCGGAACAGCAACACCAACAACAACACACACCCAUGGAUCAUAUGGACAAUGAAGGCAAUGAUGAGGACAGCGUGCAUGCUGCUGCCACGGCAGAGAGCAAUAAAUAUGGCGCCGCCAAUCUAAUGCCAACCGAUCUGCGCAAGUAAGCGACAUGUGGGAGAGACACAGUGAUAGGAGCUAACUAAUAUGACAAUAUGCAACAAGAAGACGAUGGUGAGCCGAGCCACAGCAAUGCUGACACAUACACACACARCAAUAACAGCAACGCCAGGACAAUCAUUCGUAGUUAAGUGGGGAGUGCUGUUAGGGGUGUGUGGGCGUGAGAGAGCAACUCAGGAGUGCGCUUAAUGAGAGAUGGCAGGCAAUUAGUGAUAUGAAAAAAAAUUAAUGCAGUGCCCAAUAACUGUUUGGAGAAGUAUACAAAAA